AAAACGAGACGUUAUUUUUAUGUUCUUUUUAUCCAAUAUGAGAAUUGGAUUGUCGUCCGUGGUAGUUGGUAGUUGGAUUUUCUCUACAGUCCAAUCCAACUGUCUCUGCUAAACCCUAAUCUUCCAUGUCGUCUUCUUGCCAUUGAUUCAGAGUGAAGUAGUGACUGAGAGCUGCUUCGAGGCCACUGGGGUAGAACCAUCAGAAAAGGGCAUGAUCAAAAUGUAUUCCUCCAAAUUUUUUGGUGGUUCUCCCUGCCUCUUUAGGAUUUCAGUCGCCCAUAAUCAUGAAGCAGGAAUGUUAAAGAGAAUUAAUGUUCCAGUUUUGUCCAUUCAAUCACUAUCAAGGGCGUAUGUCACUAUAUGCCCUCCACCGUCUAAAAUCUGUGGCUCUCCUGGAGGACCACCCAUCACUGCACCCAGAAUCAAGCUAAGAGAUGGAAGGCAUUUGGCCUACAAGGAAUAUGGCAUGCCAAGAGAAGAUGCCAAACAUAAGAUUAUCUUUGUUCAUGGCUUUACUUCCUCCAGACAUGAUGCAGUGGUUGCGAAAACCAUCUCCCCGGAAUUUAUUCAAGAACUAGGGGUGUACGUAGUGGGAUUUGACAAACCAGGCUAUGGAGAAAGUGACCCACAUCCUAAUCGGACAGUAAAGAGUUUGGCUUUGGAUAUUGAAGAACUUGGUGAUCAGCUGGGACUUGGAUCCAAAUUCUAUGUAAUUGGUAAUUCAAUGGGCGGCCAGGCUAUCUGGGGAUGUCUCAAAUAUAUUCCUAGCAGGCUUGCAGGAGCAGUAUUAAUGGCUCCAGUAAUUAACUAUUGGUGGCCAUCAUUUCCUGCCAAUUUGUCUAGAAAAGCCUAUUACCAACAACCAGUGGGGGAUCAAUGGGCACUACGUGUUGCUCAUUAUGCGCCAUGGCUAACCUAUUGGUGGAAUACUCAGAAAUUGUUCCCUGCAUCCAGCGUUAUAGCUAGAAAUCCUGAAAAUUUUUCUGCUCAAGAUCUAGAAAUUAUGAAGAAUAAGCUCUCAACUGAUCCAGAGAAAGAAAAAUACAAGCAUUAUGCCAGGCAACAAGGAGAAUUUGAGUCGCUUCAUCGGUCCAUGAUGAUUGGAUUUGGGAAUUGGGAGUUUGAUCCAAUGGAUCUGAAGAACCUUUUUCCUAACAAUGAAGGGUCCGUACAUCUAUGGCAGGGGGAUGAAGAUAGGCUUGUCCCAGUUACCCUUCAACGCUAUAUUGCUGAUAAACUUCCAUGGAUUAACUACCAUGAGUUAGCAGGUGCAGGACACUUUUUUCCGAAUGCUGAUGGAAUGGGUGAAGUUAUCUUAAAGCAAUUGUUAAUUGGAGAGGCAUAGACUGCUUUUGAUAUUGAAAGAGCCCUGUUUUUGGCUAUUUUUGGGAACUUGGAUUGGAAUGCUUACAAAAUCGGUGAAGAGUCAUUCAUAUACAUAUUUAUAUAAAUAUACUAUAUAAAAAUAAAGUGCAAUGCACCUUAGAAACAUGAUUA